CCAAAGAAAAAAAAAAUCAAAACUUUUUUUUUUUUUAUAAGCUUGUCAAAAUAUAAAAAUAAAAAUAUAAAAAUAAAAUAUAAAAUCAAACACACACAGGCCACCACACUUAUCUCACAAAUUUGUAUAUACGUUUUUAAUAUUUUUUUUUUUUUUUCAUUUUUUUUUAUUAAAUUAUUUAUAUUCCAAAGAUUAUUUAAUAUUAUUUACUAUACACAUUAAUUUUUAUAAUAACUAAAAUAAAAAAAUUUCAUAUUGUAUAUAUAUUUCACAACAUUAGCACUAAUAAUAUCAUAAAUAAAUAAAAAAUAAAAUAAAAUAAAAUAAAAAAUGGAAAAAGAAAUCUUAAAUUUCCUAAAUGAAGGUAUCCAAUCGAAGGAUAAUAUUUUUAUUUUAUCAAAUGUAAAUAAAACCAGUAAAUUAGAAGAGAUGGUUUCAGGCCAACUCUUAAGAAAAUGUUCAAAAUGGUCAGUUUCGGAUUUUAAAAAAGGAGUAGAACAAUUUAUUUCAGAGAAAUCAUUAAAUGCAAAUCAAAUUAUUAGUACAGUCAAUUCUGUUACUAUUUUUAUGAUUUCAAAGAAAUUACAAAUUAAUGAAAUGGAGGAAUGGACUAAAAAUAAAAAUUAUGUAUUAAGAGCAUUUUCAACAUGUUUCUUUAUUAAAUACUAUUUCGAAAGUGAACAAAAAUUCACAGACCUUUAUGAAACUUUGGUCACAUUAGAAACUUUUGACCUUGUUAAAUUUUAUUCAAUCCAAACCAUUUCAUCAUUAGAUAUUAUUGGUAAUUAUAAAAAUGAAAUCUUCGAAAUUUUAGUUAAUUAUUUAGAUUUAUAUAAGGAUCUCGAUAACGGUGAUGGAGAAAUUGCAAUUAAAACAAUUAAAGUAUUUUUAUCAAGAGUUGGUUUAAUUAUUGGUCAAGAUGAAAAAGGAUUUAUUGAUCAAGCACAUGAUAAAACACCAUUUGACCUUUUAAUGAAGGUAUCAUCAGUAGAUAUGAUUUCAAAGACCACCCAAAACAUGGCUUGUAUCAUUUCUUUAUCUUUAAGUAUUUUCAAUGGUAACCAAUCAUUAUGCGACGAAAGAAAACAAUUAUUAUCAAAUCAUUUAGUCAAGAAUCUCACAUACUAUUUACCAGUACUUUGCCAAAGAGGUUUAACAGAAAAAGGUUGUUACUUUAUGUCAAUUUGCCGUUUCUUAACUGAAGCUGACCAAACCGAAUAUUAUAAACAAAAUAUUGAAGUCAUAAGAAAAAUGGCAAAAGAAUCAUACGAUAGAAAUAAAUUUGACUUUUUAUUCCGUGAAAAUAAAGUUUUAAGUUUAUAUCUUCAAGAUUUUAGUGAUGAUGUCAUCGAGUUUUUAAAUCAUUAUAUUCAAUCGUGCGAUAAAGAAGAGGUUUCAACCGAUUUCCUCAAAUUAUUCCACUCUGUUUUAAGAAAUGGCUCAUCAAAUGAAUGGGUCAAUAAGUAUUACCCAGUUUUAUUAGAAUACAUAAAUUUAUUCGAACCAAACGAAGAUUUCUUUACACUCGAUGAAACUCCAGAGCUCUUUUAUAUCUACACCUCUAUUGAUAAAGAAGAACGUUCAAGAGUUACCAGACUAUUGGAUAUACACGAAACAGCUAUUUCAAAUGAAAUCCUUGUUUGUUUAGACAGUGGCGACCUCGACGAUAUCUUAGAACCAAUGGAAUACUAUUUACAAUUAAUGCAAGAAUGCCCAGAAGAAUGUAAAACAAUCUACAUGAACACUAUUAUGAACCAUCUCUCAUCUUACUAUGUUAUCCUUUUCGAAGAUUUUGAAGGUGGCGAAGGCGGUUUCUACAACGAAUAUAAAGAUGAAGAUAAAGAAACUAUCGAUAAAUUAUUUGACAAUUUCCUCAAAUUAAAAUCCCAAACAUGCACAACAAAAGAAUCCAAGCGCCAAUUCUUUAAAGACUUUGUAACCCAAGAGUCUAAAUACUGCCCUUUAUUUAAAUUGUACUUUGAACUUUAAUUUAUUUAUAAAUAAAAUAAAAU